AUGACUCUUCCAGAGGAGUAUUUGGGCCGAGUUAUAGAACUGUGCGAAAGUGUGCGUGGGGAACAGAAGAGUUUUGAGUUCUUCCACGCCACACAGGUCAUUCUGAAGUACGAUAUACCUGCGGCCCAACUGGUUGACGAUCUGUUCGGUAAAUUGAAGGGCGCCACGCAUUCCACUAAUAACCAGGGCAGCAAGGGGUAUGCCACUUUAGAUUACGAGGAUUCUGGAUGGCGAGCGAGCCAGCUCACAAAGCUGCAACUUCUCGUCAACAAACAGCCUGUUGAUGCAAUCUGCCGUGUCAUUCACACCUCUCAGGCCGAGCGCCUUGGCAGGCAAUGGGUAACCAAGUUCAAAGAACAUGUCGACCGGCAAAUGUUUGAGGUUGUCAUUCAGGCGGUAGCUGGGAAACGUAUUGUUGCUCGCGAAACUAUCAAGCCGUUCCGAAAGGAUGUGCUUGCGAAGCUUCAUGCUGCGGACAUUACGCGCCGUAAGAAGCUACUGGAGAAGCAGAAGGCUGGUCGCAAGCGUCUACGCGCCGUUGGAAAUGUGGUCAUUGACCAGUCCGCCUUCCAGAGCUUUCUGUCUAGGUGA